AUGAAGUUUAACUUAUGCACAAGUGCAAUUUAUCCAGCUGAGGUUGAUUUAGACAUUGAAGACCUAAAGAUAAGAUUCUUUCUGAAGAAACUAAUUCAAGUUAUCCCUGUAUGGUCAAAAUUCAAUAUUUCUUCAAUCAACAAGAUUGACAUACGAAAAUUUAGAAAAAUGCCAUAUGCAUUGUUUCAAGGAAGAAGGAUAGACAACUCUGAUUUCAUGUUUUCUGAAGUUGAUUUCCCUAGAAUAAACCUAGCUGAUAUAAGGUCACUAAUCAUUUGGUUGAAACAAAGGGUGAGUACAGAUAAAACUUAUGCAGAUCUUCUACAAUGCCUAAGGAAAUAUGUGCUCGACAUGGUUAUUGAUUUCAGUGUUGACUGGGAAAUUGGACAGCUAGGAGAAAACAAAGCUGAGGAAAUAAAUGUGAAUCUGAAUAUGGAGAAUGAUUCUCCUGGGAACAUUCUAAAGAAACCACAUAGAGGUCUUGUAUUCUAUUCUAAAGGUCGACUAAAAUUCAUGAGAAUCUCCCUAAAACAUCUAUUCUCUUCUGAUUUCAUUGAAGGCAUCAUCGGUUUAUUGAAGAGAACAGGAGAUCAAGAAGAAUCGCUGAGAGUGAAGAUCGUUGAAGAACUUACAUGGUUUUUGAGUUUCCGGAAAUGCUAA